AUGGCGCCCGCACCGCGCCGUGACCUCCUCCCCAAAGAGCUCUUCGCCUUUUCCUUCGGCAAGCUCAAGACUCAGAACUACCAUGAUCCGGCAACGCGCGCGCCGGGAACUCACACCAUCCGCACCCUCGCAUGGAAUCCCACCGGCCAAUUAAUCGCCACAGGCUCCGUGGACCGUACCCUACGAAUCUGGAACCCGGAGCGGCCCAAUGUGCGCUACUCGACUGACCUGCGCGGCCACACGGCCGGCGUCGAGAAGGUCGUCUUCAAUCCCGUGCGAGAUGCAGAGCUAGCAAGUUGCUCGACGGAUGGGACGGUGCGGAUUUGGGACGUGCGCUCUAAGACGUGCGUGAGCCGGCUUGAUAUCGGCGGCGAGCCGUUUACGCUUUCGUGGUCGCCGGAUGGGACUACUAUUAUCGCUGGGAGGAAGGAUGAUAUCCUCGUCCCUAUAUCCGUCACAUCUCCCUCCACACCCAACCUCCUAUCCAAUGGCAUCUCAACCUCUCCCCCUACCUCCAAAUCCAACGCAUCAACCUACACAGCCCUCGAACCGCGCCCACAAACCGUCCAAACGAACGCCACGACAUUCUCGCACCACGUCAGCACCCCCUCCUCCCCAGACCUGCACUUCUUCGCCACAACGGGCGACGGCACGGUCAAGAUAAUCUCCUACCCAUCCUUCAACGUGCUACACACCCUAAACGCACACACAUCCGCCUGCUCAGCCGUCUCCCUCUCCCCGCUGGGCCGCUACCUCGCCAUAGGAGGCAGCGACGCACUGAUCUCGCUCUGGGACACCACGGACUGGAUCUGUCGACGGACAUUGUCUAGCGAGAACGGCGGCGCAAUCCGUAAUGUCAGCUGGAGCUUUGAUGGACGGUUUAUCUGUGGCGCGUGGGAUGAGCUUGGGUGUGGUGGUCAUGGGCUGGAGAUCUUCCAUGCUGAGUCGGGGGAUAGCGUCUAUACUGUUCCCACUUCGGGGAAUAUCAAUGCAGGCAUCCCUGCUGUGGCGUGGCACCCGUCGCGCUACUGGUUGGCCUAUUCGACUACGGCGGAUGGGCCGGGGAGUGGGUUGAAAAUUGUCGGUGCGGCGGGAGGUGGACUUUAA